ACUGAAUGCCAACAUUAAAGAUGAAGAAGAGGAGGAGAAGAUUGCGAAAUCUGUUUCUCAUGGACUAGAAUUAAGUCUGAGGCCGGUAACAUCAACAGUAACGACAAACCCAGCCUGCCUCUCUCCUUCCACACUGAGUCCAAACCCACAGUCACUGGGUCCUGAUUGUGACAGUGGAGCCCAGUUUGCGCUGCAGGAUCCAGAGAUGGCAUCAGUGAAGGUGGAAGACUACAGUCAAACACUGGAGCUGAAUGUCAACAUUAAAGAUGAAGAAGAGGAGAAGAUUGGGAAAUCUGUUAAUCAUGGAGACCAUGUUGAGACAUUCUCUACAUCCAGAGAGCAUCAACAGGAAGAUCACAUAGCAAAGAGGUCUCACCACUGCACACAUUGUGAGGAGAUUUUCCCAUUUCUAUCAAAGCUAAAAAUACACCUAAAAAUACACACAGGAGAAAAGCUUUACUCCUGCUCUGAAUGUGGAAAAUGCUUCAAAACAUCAACAUCACUAAAACUUCAUCAGAGAACACACACAGGAGAAAAGCUUUACUCCUGCUCUGAAUGUGGAAAAUGCUUCAAAACAUCAACAUCACUAAAACUUCAUCAGAGAACACACAAAGGAGAGAAGCCUUACUCCUGCUCUGAAUGUGGGGCGCGUUUCUCUCAUCGGGAUACCUUAAAACAACAUGAACAUAUACACACAGGGAAGAAGCCUUACUCCUGCUCUGACUGCGGGGCGAGUUUCUCUCAUCGGAACACCUUAAAACAACAUGAACGUAUACACACAGGAGAGAAGCCUUACUCCUGCUCUGACUGUGGAAGGAGUUUCUCUCAACUGUGCCACCUAAAAAGACAUGAGCGUUUACAUGCAGGAGAGAAGCCUUACUCCUGCUCUGACUGUGGAUCGAGAUUUUCUCAACGGGGCACCUUAAAACACCAUGAACGUAUACACAAAGGAGAGAAGCCUUACUCCUGCUCUGACUGUGGGGCGAGUUUCUCUCGGCUGGGCACUUUAAAAAAACACGAACGUAUACACACAGGAGAGAAGCCUUACUUCUGCUCUGACUGUGGAAAGAGUUUCUCUCAACUGGGUACCUUAAAACAACAUGAACGUAUACACACAGGAGAGAAGCCUUACUCCUGCUCUUACUGUGGAAAGAGUUUCUCGCGACCGUGCACCUUACAAAAACAUGAACGUAUACACACGGGAGAGAAGCCUUACUCCUGCUAUGACUGUGGGGCGAGUUUCUCUCGUCCAGACACCUUAAAACAACAUGAUUGUAUACACACAGGAGAGAAGCCUUACUCCUGCUCUGACUGUGUAAAAUGCUUCAAAACAUCAACUGAACUUAAAGUUCACCAGAGAACACACACAGGAGAGAAGCCUUACUCCUGCUCUGACUGUGGAAAGAAUUUCUCUCACCUGGGCAACUUAAAACAACAUGAACACAUACACACAGGAGAGAAGACUUACUUCUGCCAUGACUGUGGAAAGAGUUUCCAUCAACUGGGUACCUUAAAACAACAUGAACGUAUACACACAGGAGAGAAGCCUUACUCCUGCUCUGACUGUGUAAAAUGCUUCAAAACAUCAACUGACCUAAAAGUUCACCAGAGAACACACACAGGAGAGAAGCCUUACUUCUGCCCUGACUGUGGAAAGAGUUUCUCUCGGCUGGGCACCUUAAAACAACAUGAACGUAUACACAAAGGAGAGAAGCCUUACUCCUGACUCUGGGGCAAGUUUCUCUCGUCCGGACACCUAAAAUGAUCUGAACAUAUACACACACUGGAGAGAAGCCUUACUCCUGCUCCGACUGUGGAAAGUGUUUCUCUUGAAUGUGCCAUUUAAAAAGACACCAAAGGUAACACGAGAGGAGCCUUACCACUGACUGUAGAAAAUGUUAAAACACCAGCUGAGCUUAAAGAUCAUUAGAGAAAAGACAAAGGAGAGAAGCCUUAUUUCGGCUCUCAAUGUGGCAAGAGUUUUUCCCAAUUGGGCAAUGUAAAAACACCAACGGAUACACACUUGAGAGAAGCCUUAUCACUGCACUGACUGUGAGAAGAGGUUCUACAGAUUGGGUCAUUUAAAAAGACACAAAUGUAUACAUAAAGGACAGGCCUCAUCAGUUCUCUCAGACCAGCUAAGAUUAGACACUCUACUUAAUUCUCAUGUCAUUAAAUAAUUGGCAACGUUGAAUUGGAUCAAAUGAAGAAAGUGUAGAACACUAUUGUAAUCCUAUAGUUUCUCACUGUGAGAGAACAAUGCAGAGGAAAGGGAGCGUUAUAGAAUGUUAGUCUCUCUUUACUGAUCAGUGUGCACCUUGUCAGUUUUGGUGUGAGAGAGAAUAAAGUAGACGGCACACGUCAAACGUUUGAUUUAUGACCCUAUGUCCGGAUGAUGUGUGCAUUCCCAUAUUUGGGCAUCCGGUAAGGACAUCCUGGUGGGAAGUGAUCACGUGGUUAUGCCCAUAUAUGUUUAUCCUGUUCCUGUUCUCACGCCUUAGAGUGAGUGCGACAAUAUGUAUAUAAUGACUUUGAAGUUGUCAUGAUGAUUGAUGUCUGGUGACCUCUUUGAACUGGGGGGAUGAACAUUUCAAAGAGUUUGACUCCCCACCCCCUGUUUUAUUGACCUUAGGGUUGUUGUCUAUGAAACACGAAUGUCCUGGGGUAUUGGGGUUGGCAGACACCUUAUAAAUAAAGCCCAGAACAAGACAUGUGUCCCCAGAACACGAAACAAGAUUUUUUAAAUCAAUAUGGAUUUUGUGAUCAGUGGCAAAGCUGUGAUGACUGUAACAACGGAAGCAGGACCUCGGUUGAAACAUCGAGAAAGGGCCAAGUAUCAAGCCACAAUAUAUGAUGCGCCAAAAAAGUGGUUUCUAUGUGUGUAUAGAACCCAAAUACCGCCCGCAACUACGCUGAAAGAUCAAGUGCUGAUGUUUAAUGGACAUCAAUCGGGGUAUCAGUUUAAUUACCUGGCCUGUAGAGUGAACCUCUAUACGGUAGCGCGGUUGCGUUAACCACGCACUGAUACCCAAAGGACUGGUUCAACAAUAAAAGGAGUGCCCUUAAAGCCUCCAGUUCUUCAUUUCAUCAUACACCAUGGAUAUUCAUACAACAUACCAGGACUCCGAUACGACAUGGGGGCCAGACCCUAAGGACUUUAUGCCUCUCAGCCCGGCUUUCUACUCCCCCCUGGCGAGACCCACGAAACCCCCUUCAUAUACACAGCCUGAGGACGUGUUUGAUGGGGUGGUCAGUACUAUUUUUGUGGACACCAUCAAGGCCUCUGUAGCCACACUUUUAGACGUGGUGAUUGGAGAAUAUAUCAGAGAGAAAUGCAUCGGUUGUGAGAUCAAUCACCCCAGCAAGCGCCGUAUAUGACCCGCCAAGAUACUACUUCUUCAACCAAUUUGAGGAGCUGGUGAAAAGACUGGUCCUGCAGGUUUAUACCAUCGCUGGUCAGAGCCCUGGAGUCUAUGGGUCUUGUGCCAUCUAUCCCCAGAGUUUACUUGGUAACCACGGCAUUCCUACAUGAACUGAAGCAGGCAAUCUACAUCCACGAUAAACUCAAAGAAAUCCGACACACCCUGUUGGAUGACAAUAAAUACCGGGAAGCUGUGGUGGCUGAUGUGAUGACUUUCUGGCUCAAUAAACCCCAAGAGACCGAGUGACAUUUUGUUAUUUAGAUGUAAUGCAAUGGGCAAUUAUGUGUAUACGAUGUUAGAGAUAAUAAAUAAAUGUCUUCUUUUGAGAGAACUUACAAAUGUUAUGCAUCAGAUUAUUGAAAAUAAAGUGAACGAUGUAUCAUUCUACACAACACACAAUGCCUGGGUUAAUGUAGAGCGUGUGCUGAAAAUGGAACAAAUCAUGAAUCAUGUUGUGGAUGAUUCUGAAGAACUAGAAACAACUUUGUCUAAGAUUUUACUUUAUUUGUUUGAAACACCAUUUAAUUGUAACGUGUAUCAUAUUUGUUGUUUAUAUGCUUAUAUAUCGGACAUGUGUGUUUUAAAAGUUCAGCGACACAAGUCUAAAUCAAAACCAAAUAUACAGGGUGUUGCAUGCUGUGAUCGUUGAGAAAACUGGGACAUGUAUCCUGCAAAGAAUCCUGAAUUGUCUGUAUACGUAAUACUUGAUGCAUGAAUAAAAUAAAAAUUCUAUAAUGAAAA